AUGGCGUGCUCCAGUGGUAGUGGUGCCGACACUUCGAGUUGCAAUUGCGCCAAGUUUGUGCAGGGUGGUGUCAAUGGGACAUGCCAUUCUUGUGGUUGUCCUGUAAAUUGGCACUCGAAAGCAGCAGGAGGGACAAAAAAAGAGAAUAAGAAGUACGUUCACGUGCCUCGACCAAUGAGAUUAAGUUACUAA